UUGAACGGGGGCAAGGACAAGGCGGCAGAGCGCCGGGAACCUUGGUAACGCGCGGGUGCCGCAUGUUAACUGCGUGUGCGGCCGGUAAGAAGAAGGAGGAGGAGAAGGCGGCGGGCUGAGUUUCCCGGGGCCUCCUUUGCUUCUGGUCGCCAGCGGCGGGAUGAAGAUCGAGGAAGUGAAGAGCACGUCGAAGACGCAGCGCAUCGCCGCGCACAGCCAUGUCAAGGGCCUGGGGCUGGACGACAGCGGGGCAGCCAAGCCGGCGGCGGCCGGGCUGGUCGGGCAGGAGAACGCGCGGGAGGCUUGUGGUGUUAUUGUAGAAUUGAUCAGAAGCAAGAAGAUGGCUGGCAGAGCUGUGCUAUUGGCAGGACCUCCUGGAACUGGAAAGACUGCUUUGGCUUUGGCUAUUGCUCAGGAGUUGGGUAGUAAGGUUCCCUUUUGCCCUAUGGUUGGAAGCGAAGUGUAUUCUACUGAAAUAAAGAAGACAGAGGUCUUGAUGGAAAAUUUCAGAAGAGCAAUUGGCUUGAGGAUUAAAGAAACCAAGGAAGUUUAUGAAGGUGAAGUCACAGAAUUAACUCCAUGUGAGACUGAGAACCCCAUGGGAGGAUAUGGCAAAACCAUUAGUCAUGUGAUUAUCGGACUCAAAACUGCAAAAGGAACUAAGCAGCUCAAGUUGGACCCCAGCAUCUUUGAAAGUCUGCAGAAGGAAAGAGUAGAAGCUGGUGAUGUGAUUUACAUUGAAGCAAACAGUGGAGCUGUCAAGAGGCAAGGCAGGUGUGACACCUAUGCAACAGAGUUUGACCUUGAGGCUGAAGAGUAUGUUCCUUUGCCAAAAGGUGAUGUGCACAAGAAGAAAGAGAUUAUCCAGGAUGUAACUCUUCAUGACUUGGAUGUGGCCAAUGCUAGACCUCAGGGUGGGCAGGAUAUCCUCUCCAUGAUGGGACAGUUGAUGAAGCCUAAGAAAACUGAAAUCACAGACAAGCUUCGAGGAGAGAUCAACAAGGUGGUGAAUAAAUACAUUGAUCAAGGCAUUGCUGAGUUAGUCCCCGGAGUUCUCUUUGUGGACGAGGUUCACAUGCUGGAUAUUGAGUGCUUCACAUAUUUGCACCGAGCGCUGGAAUCUUCUAUUGCUCCGAUUGUCAUCUUUGCUUCCAACCGAGGGAACUGUGUAAUCAGAGGUACAGAAGAUAUAAUCUCUCCUCAUGGGAUACCUCUGGAUCUUCUGGAUAGGGUGAUGAUAAUCAGAACCAUGUUAUACACGCCACAAGAAAUGAAGCAGAUCAUAAAGCUUCGUGCCCAGACAGAGAGUAUUAAUAUUAGUGAGGAGGCACUGAAUCAUCUUGGAGAAAUAGGCACCAAAACAACAUUAAGGUACGCUGUGCAGUUACUCACACCGGCCAAUCUGCUAGCCAAGAUAAAUGGGAAAGACAGCAUAGAAAAGGAACAAGUUGAAGAAAUAAAUGAACUCUUCUAUGAUGCCAAAUCCUCGGCAAAAAUACUGGCGGAUCAACAGGAGAAAUACAUGAAGUGAAGAAGUUUGUUAGCCUUUCUAGUCCUCAGAGCCUCUUUUAACAUUCUCCAAGUUUUAACUUUCACUGGAACAGAAAAGUUCUUAAAUAUCACAAUACUGUUUUGUAGCAAGAAGAAGCAUUUCCUUUGUUCUUAGUUCACCGAGAGGGAAUGAAAUCAUCUCGAUGUCUGUAGUAUCUUCUUGUUUCAUAUAUUGAGUGCCUAUAUGAAAUAGAUGCAGGCUGGCAUGCCCUUAUAUUCCUCUUCUAGAUUUGAUUGCUAAGUUGCUUAGAAAAGACAAUUUAUUUUCAUUGUUGGUUUUGUUUAAAAAUAAAUGUGAACUCGUUUUUAAAAUGUU